CCACUAGACGCUUCUAUCAUUCUCUAUGGGCUAUACCAAACAUACUUAUCUGGCUAUAUAAAGAUACUUCCUGUAAAGGCACAAUAAAGUGUUGUUCACAGGUAUUUUCUUCCGUUUAUUUUUUCGAAAAAAAGGCUUCGUUACAGCAUUAGCAACGGAUGACAAUGUAUCCAUAGUUUAUAGGAGCUUAUUAUCCGUUAUAUUUUUAGAUAAUAAUGAAUUAUCUAGCUAGCAACGUUAGCUAACGGUAGUAUACCAGUUCUGGACAGCCGGGAUUAUUACUCAUCCUACUUAAAACGCGUAGCUAUAUUAUAACAGUCUAGAAUAUUGGAACCUUAAUUUAAAAAGAUGUCAGUGGAACUCGAUGUGUUUGUGGGUAACACCACCAUUAUGGAUGAGGAAGUCUAUCAGUUCUGGCUGGAUGGUUACACAGUGAAUGAUGCAGUGAAGGUUCGUAUGGAGGGAGGGGUAUUGGAGGAGUGUGAGGCCAGUGCUGAGGUUUUGCGCAGUGACACCAUGGACCAGUACAGAACCUUCCAGAUGUGUGAGCGCCUCCUGCACAGCCCCGCCAAACUGGCCAAUCAGCUGCUGUUCCAGAUCCCACCUCAUCGCCAAGCCAUGCUCAUAGAGAGGUACUAUACGUUCGAUGGCGUGUUUGUACGAGAGGUCCUUGGGAAGAAACUCUCGAAGGGGACCAAGAAGGACCUGGAUGAUGUCAGUGCAAAGACUGGUGUCACACUGAAGAGCUGCAGGCGGCAGUUUGAUAACUUCAAGCGUGUAUUCAAAGUUGUGGAGGAACUGAAGGGACCCCUGGUGGAAAACAUUCGUCAGCACUUCCUUCUCUCUGACAAGCUGGCCAGGGAUUACGCUGCCAUUGUUUUCUUUGCCAACAAUCGCUUUGAGACGGGGAAGAAGAAGCUGCAUUAUCUUACAUUCCAGGACUUUGCCUUCUGUGCAGGGCAGCUCAUCAGCAACUGGACCGUGGGAGCAUUGGAUAACAUGGUGGAAGACAUGGACGUGGAUCUUGAGAAGGAGUUCUUACAAGAUCUAAAGGAACUGAAGAUUUUAAUUACUGACAAGGAUCUGCUGGACCAGCACAAGAGUUUGGUGUGCACGGCUCUCCGGGGGAAGACCAAAGCAUUUAAUGAGAUGGAAGCCAACUUCAAGAAUCUCUCCAGAGGCCUUGUCAACAUCGCUGCCAAAUUAACCAACACGAAAGACGUCAGAGACUUCUUUAUUGAUCUGGUGGAAAAGUUUAUUGAGCCGUGCCGGUCAGACAAAUGGACAGCAGGAGACAUGAGGCUCUACCUCACUCACUACACUAACUCUGCACACAUUCUUGACACAUUCAAACACCAGGUAGUGUGGGACAGGUACAUGGGAGUGAUCAAAAGCUGCAUCCUCAAAAUGUACCAUGACUGAGAUGUUGCCUCGCUCAACUUCCUGUCCUCUUUAUAUCUGAGUCAUGUUGUCUUUUUUUUUUUCUCCUCUCUGCAGUCGUCAUAUAAAUCCUCCGCUCCCUCUGUCAGAUGUUUUCCUCCAAUCCUAGUGCCCACAUUUCUCCUUUCUUUGUCUUUCUGCUGUUUUGUUUACUUUCCUUCCUCCCUCUUUUCACUCUCACUCCUCGGUCUGUUCUGACACCCUACUCUGCAAUGUCAUCUUGCAUAUCAUAUCAUCUGUGUUGUGUACUGAACAACAAUAUAAACGCAACAUGUAAAGUGUUU